GGCUUCCCCCGGGCAGACGUGGGAGCUGCCGCGGACGGGCGAAGGGCCGGCGGGUGGCGGCUGCUUGCGAGAGACCGCGUCGGAGGCGAGCGCACCGGGUCCUCGCCGAGCCGGGAAGCCCGGCCGCCCGAGGAGGUGAAGCUGCGUGUGGACAGCGGCAGCGAGAGCAGACGACAGAUGGACGGUGUGACGGGAGCGUCAGAGAGGAUUGGGCCUCGCCGGGAGGGUCAGCCCCGAGUCAAGGUGUUGACAAGUUGCUGAAAAGGAAGCCAGGGAAGGGUGGGGGCGGGGAGAACGACUGUGGCCCGCAGAGGGAGUGGAGCACCCCCGCCUUCAGUGACACCAUUGAUGGAGGACAGAUGGAGGACAGCCGGAUGGCCAGCCACCUCUCCUCUUAAACCUUCGGAGAGUGCUCCUUUGUCCUCUCCUGGACGUCUGUCGGGGAUUUUAACGCACGCCCUGACUUCGCUUCCCGUUGAGACGUGAAAUAAGACUGCAGCGUCCGAAGCAGGCCCCCCCCCCAACCCCCAGAUCGCAUGGUGACAGGUGAGCCAGCAUGAGUACGGAAGGGUACCGCUACCGAGCACUGUAUGAGUACAAGAAGGAGCGGGAAAACGACAUUGACCUGCACCCGGGCGACAUCCUCACCGUCAAUAAAGGGUCCUUGGUGGCCAUCGGAUCCAGCGAGGGGCAAGAAGCCCGGCCCGAGCAGAUCGGCUGGCUCACCGGCUACAAUGAAACCACGGGGGCAAGGGGAGACUUCCCGGGAACUUACGUCGAGUAUAUUGGAAGGAAGAAAAUCUCGCCCCCCACCCCAAAGCCCCGGCCACCCCGACCUCUUCCCGUCGCCCCGGGUUCUUCCAAAACCGAAGCGGACGCCGAGCAGCCAGCUUUGACCCUUCCUGAUCUGGCCGAGCAGUUCGCCCCUCCUGACGUCGCCCCGCCUCUCCUUAUCAAGCUCCUGGAAACCCUUGAAAAGAAAGGACUGGAAUGUUCGACUCUCUACCGGACCCCGAGCGCCAGCAACCCUGCUGACUUACGACAGCUUCUUGAUUGCGAUGCUGCCUCGGUGGACUUUGAAAUGGUGGAUGUCCAGGUGCUAGCCGACGCCUUCAAACGCUAUCUCCUGGACCUACCACAUCCCGUCAUUCCAGUAGCUGUUCACAGCGAGAUGGUUUCCUUAGCCCAAGAGAUACAAAGCCCCGAAGACCAAAUCCAGCUGUUGAAGAAGCUAAUUAGGUCGCCUAAUAUACCUCACCAGUAUUGGCUUACGCUUCAGUAUUUGCUAAAACAUUUCUUCAAGCUUUCUCAAGCCUCCAGCAAAAAUCUCUUGAGUGCAAGAGUGCUCUCUGAAAUUUUCAGCCCCCUGCUUUUCAGAGUCCCAGCUGCCAGCUCGGAUAAUACUGAGUUCCUCGUGAAGGUUGUAGAAACCUUAAUCUCAAGUGAAUGGAAUGAACGACAGCCAGCACCAGCACUGCCCCCUAAGCCGCCCAAGCCCACUACCGUAGGCAACAGCAGCAUGAACAACAGUAUGUCCUUACAGGAUGCUGAGUGGUACUGGGGAGAUAUCUCGAGGGAAGAAGUGAAUGAGAAGCUUCGAGAUACAGCUGAUGGCACCUUUCUGGUACGAGAUGCAUCUACGAAAAUGCACGGUGAUUAUACUCUUACACUGAGGAAAGGAGGAAAUAACAAAUUAAUUAAAAUAUUUCACCGAGAUGGGAAAUACGGCUUCUCAGACCCAUUAACCUUCAACUCUGUGGUUGAGCUAAUAAACCACUACCGGAAUGAGUCGCUGGCCCAGUACAACCCCAAACUGGAUGUGAGGUUACUUUACCCAGUGUCCAAAUACCAACAGGAUCAGGUUGUCAAAGAAGAUAAUAUUGAAGCUGUAGGGAAAAAAUUACAUGAAUAUAACACUCAAUUUCAAGAAAAAAGUCGGGAGUAUGACAGAUUAUAUGAAGAAUAUACUCGCACUUCCCAGGAAAUCCAAAUGAAAAGAACAGCUAUUGAAGCCUUUAAUGAAACCAUAAAGAUAUUUGAAGAGCAGUGCCAAACCCAGGAGCGGUACAGCAAGGAAUACAUCGAGAAGUUUAAGCGCGAAGGCAAUGAGAAGGAAAUUCAAAGGAUCAUGCAUAACUAUGAUAAGCUGAAGUCCCGCAUCAGCGAGAUCAUUGACAGCAGGAGGAGGCUGGAGGAAGACCUGAAGAAGCAAGCGGCUGAGUAUCGGGAGAUUGACAAGCGCAUGAACAGCAUCAAGCCCGACCUCAUUCAGCUGAGGAAGACGCGAGACCAGUACUUGAUGUGGUUGACUCAAAAAGGUGUCCGGCAAAAGAAGCUGAACGAGUGGUUGGGAAACGAAAACAUGGAAGACCAGUACUCCCUGGCGGAAGAUGACGACGACCUGCCGCACCAGGACGAAAAGACGUGGAACGUGGGCAGCAGCAACCGGAACCGCGCCGAGAGCCUGCUCCGGGGGAGGCGGGACGGCACCUUCCUCGUGCGGGAGAGCAGCAAGCCGGGCUGCUACGCCUGCUCCGUGGUGGUGGACGGCGAGGUCAAGCACUGCGUCAUCAACAAGACGGCGACGGGCUACGGCUUCGCGGAGCCGUACAACCUGUACGGCUCCCUGAAGGAGCUUGUGCUGCAUUACCAGCACACCUCCCUGGUCCAGCACAACGACUCCCUCAACGUCACGCUCGCAUACCCCGUAUAUGCACAGCAGAGGCGAUGAGCGCUGCCUGGGAUCCGGUUCCUGACCUUCAACCGCCCGAGGCCUCUGGCAAGCAAAAGGCUCCUCCAGGCGCCCUGUGAACUGAGCUGCGGGCGCCAGGCCGGCUUGUCUGCACACGGGACUAGUAGAGCUUUCUUGAACAAAAAAAGAAGUCAAGUCGGGGAAGACACGCAGCCUAGGGCUGCCGGAUGACUAGACAGCUUCUCGUCAGCUGCUCCCCCACCCCCUUUUCUCCCCCCUGUUCCUUUUCUGUUUUAAUUUAAAGCCACCACACACAACCGACACGGAACAAGAAAAGCAGGGACAAGGAGGCCUCUACCAUGGUGCUUGUUCAUGCUUUCUAAAGCUUUACCAGCUCAAAGCCGGGACUUUGGGAACCAGAAGGCAGACAGGGCUGAGUGGCCCCCCCUGCGCCUGGAGAGUCGGGCCGGCCCGGGGCGUCGCAGGGCGGGCUGGACCCAGGCACGUCGCCCUGCGGGCCAUUUCAUUUGCUAGCGGAGGGACCUGCGGCGCCGGGAGGCGCGUCCGCACGCGGGAUGCUGCGGGAGAACAUUCGCCCGGGUUCGUUCGGAGGAAAAGGCGCGCCGUCGGCAAAAGCCGCCCGGAAAGCGUUUUCGUCUCAAGUGGUCAAGUCAGAUCCGCAGAACUCACUCGCCAGCGGAAGAAACCCGGAGUGUGGGCAACAGAACUGAAAACGACAUUCAGUAUAUAAAAAAUCUGUACAUAACAUUGGAUGACUAACUAUCAGAUAGGUGGAUUUGUAUCUAUACCAAAUAGCUCUUUUGUUUUGCUAAGGCUACAAUGCACAGCGCUAUGCAAUUCUUAAUUUUCAUUCAGUUGUUGUUGGUUUGAAUAAGCUCUCCUCACCCCCACUUUUUGUUGCUUGAAGAUACUGUCCUUGUUUGUUUGUUUGUUGUUGUUGUUGUUUUUGGUUAAUAUUCAUUUUGUUAUUCUUACCUUUUUUUUUUUUUUUAAAGAGAUGUACAGAACGCCAGCAAAGAAAAUGGCUUCAGAAUUAAAACUAUGAAAUAUUUUACAGUUUUUCUUGUACAGAGUACUUGGCUACUAGCCCAAGGUUAAAAAGUUCAUAACAGAUUUUUUUUUUUUUUUUGGACUAAAUGUUGGGCCGUGCCUGAUAAGCUUCGAAGCUGCUUUAUUCAAUAAAAAAAAAAAGAAAGAAAAAAGAAAGAUAUAUGAAUAUGACACAGUA